UAUUAUAUAGGGACCAAAAGUGUAAGUAUUCCGAAAACAUCGUAUAGAAUAUAGAUAAUGGAAAAUGUAUGUUUAAAAAUGUAAAUGAAACCUUAGGUAUAUUAAAAUGGAGGUAAAUGCAACACACGACUUUACAAAUUACAAUCCUGUACAAACCGACCGCAUCAGAUUCUCGAAAGUUCGACAAUAAAAAAAAAAAAAAAAAUUCCCCAAUUUUGAAACCAUAAUCAAUUGUAGUCGUAGCCUGUAGGUAAUAAAAAAAGUAGAGAUUCAUCAAGCAAUUUGAGUUUUGCUUUUCCUGAAAGAGAAUCCUCUGUUAUUCGGUAGCUUAGCUUAAUCCCUGACAGAAAGAAAAGAAGAGGGAAACGGUGUUUAGAAAUGGUGAAGAUCACGGCGUUGAUGGUGCUGAAAUGCAGGCCGGAGGGCUCCGAUCCCGUUAUAUUAGUAAACGCAUCGGAUCUUAGUAAUUUCGGGUUUUUCCAACGACCCAGCGUUAAGGAAUUCAUCGUCUUCGUCGGUCGGACCGUUGCUAAACGGAUCCCGCCCGGCCAACGCCAGUCCGUACAGCACGAAGAAUACAAAGUUCAUUCGUACAAUCGGGACGGCUUGUGUGCAUUGGGUUUUAUGGAUGACCACUACCCAGUCAGAAGCGCAUUUUCAUUGCUCAACCAGGUCUUAGAUGAAUACCAGAAAAACUUUGGUGAUUCUUGGAAAACUGUGCAAGAUGAUAAUGCUCAACAAUGGCCGUAUCUAAGUGAGGCACUUACCAAAUUUCAGGACCCAGCCGAGGCAGACAAGCUGUUGAAAAUUCAGCGGGAAUUGGAUGAGACGAAAAUUAUUCUUCACAAGACUAUCGACAGUGUCCUCGAACGAGGUGUAAAGCUUGACAGUUUGGUUGAGAAGAGUUCAGAUCUCAGCGCAGCUUCUCAGAUGUUUUACAAGCAAGCCAAGAAAACAAAUCAAUGUUGUACAAUCUUGUAAAGUGUUCAGAAGAGAAGGGGGAUCUUCUCAUCCCAAGUAUGUUGACUUUUUUUCUUCAUUGUUGAAUAUGAAGUUUGAUGAGCUGUUUAUAUAUAUAACAAUAGAAAGCUGAAUUAUUUGGGUUUUAUUGUAUCUUUAUUCCACAAUGAGAUGAAUGAGAGAAUAAUGUUGCAAUUUAUGUAGUAGUUUCAUUAUGUUUUGCUAU